AUGGCCCUGGCGGUACUACGAGGCAAGGAUGGGGAAAUCUACGUGACGGAAGACGCGGUGCCGCCCUUGCGUCAAUCGCUGCUGAGCCCCGGGGCCUCGGUGGACGCGCGGCUCUUGCGGGGCAGCUGCCAGGUCUUUGGGACGAAGUUUGAUCUGCAGAGCGGGGAGGUCAUGGGUCCCUGGUGCCCGCAAGUGGAGCAGUCCCCCUUGCUGCUGGCGCUGCUGUUGCGCCUAGUGCUGCUGCUGCGGUUCCUAGUGGGAGACACGCGGCGCUUGCGGUGCUUGAAAAGCCGGUUGCAUCAAGGGAAGUUGGAGGUUCAACUGGAGCCCAUGCCGAAGUUUUCGUCCUGCCAGGGUGUGUCCUUGGCAGUGGCAAGGUGGCUACUGCUACCUCGAGAAACACUGCGCUGGACAGGAGAUGUGGAACUGCAGGUGUUGCGGUUGAAGGAGGAUCCAGAGACUGAAGAACUGAAGAUUUCGGUGGUCCCCAAGGGUGGGGGCGCGGAACUGGGUCGCGCCUUUUUGCGGCUACCCAAAAGCAAAACGCAGCCUCAGAUGGCCCAGUUGGUGCGGCAAAGCUUCGCGCAACCUGAGCUCAAAGACGUUGAGGCGCGCUGUGCCGUGUGGGUCGCGCAGUACGUGGUGCCCUCUGCGCGGGGCCGAGGCCUGGACCAAAGGAUGUUGUCCAAGAUCUUAGACCUGCUACACUUCAGGGGUUUUGACUUUUUGCUACUCAUGGUGGACGGGCGGUCACAGCACCUGAAGACACAGUUAGAGGCGCAUUACGAAAGCCAGGGCUUCGUGAAGAUCGCCGAGCCCAACGUGAUGGGACUCCAACGCGCCAUGCUGCGCCCUGUCCGUUCCGUUCCGCGCCCCGGUGCCCCGGCCCCUUCGGUCGCGGCGGUCCGUAGUGGCGCCACGCUCAGGGAGGCAGCGAAGGAUGGGCUGGACGUGGGGAAGAACGCCUUUCUGCUGGCGCAUGGCUAUGUUUGCUUGCCUCUGUUGAUUGAGUUUGUCAAGUUGCUGCCUUUCCUGCGCAACGGGCAGAUGCCGUCUGUACAGACCGGACCGAUGAAGGUGCUGAUGCGUACCAUGAUGAUCCUCGGAUAUGUGAAAGUGACCACGCAGGGCGAUAUCGGUUUCACUGUGGUGGAGUCCGAAGAGGUCAAGGCAUGGGAGGAGUUGCUCAAGGACAGCGAGGAAUUGUUGGAACUCUACCAGGUGCCUCUCCCCUUCGACCUCGACAGCUCCAGCCUACCCGGCUACCUCUCCCUGCGCCUGCGCUUGCGGCGGCGCUUGGAGAUUCGAGGCACCACGUGGCCGCCCCCGGUCCUGGCUCUGUUUGACUGCGCCCUUCUGGCACCCCUGGCUGUUGCCCUCUUCUGCGGGCGGAACGCCCGGCCAGCGGAAAGACCGGCCUGUUGUUCGGCGGAUUUGGAUCCGCUGCUACGCCAGAUGGCUCUUGGCCACUGCGAAGGUGGCCUGGAGUUGCUGGCCAUGCCACUGCAGCGCUGUCAGACCUUGUUGGUGGCCACCUCCUAUGCGCCCAUGUUGGCCAAGUUCCAGCAUGUGCUCUACAAGGAGCCUUCCUGGGGGUUCAACGCUACAAGCUCCGGCGAGGAGCUGCAUGUGGACCGGACGCUGAACGUGCUGGGAAGUGGCCUACAACACAAGGCCUUCUUUCGGGACCUACUGGAGCUGCUGAAGCCUCUCUUUACGUGCGAGUUGAAGCAACAGCCUCGCUACGUGGCGGAUACAGGGUGUGGUGAUGGCAGUUUGCUGAUGCAAAUCUACAAUUUCGUCUGCAAAAGCACUCUGAGGGGUGAACACCUCAAGGACUUUCCGCUGACGAUGAUUGGCAUUGAUUUGAAUGAUGCGGCCCUGCAAGCAGCGGGGGACAAGCUGUCAAAAGCGCAGGUACCACAUCAACUCAUCCACGGUGACAUUGGCCAGCCAGGUGCGAUUAUCCAAGAGAUGCGACACCGUGGAAUCGAUCCCAGGCAGGUGCUCCAUGUGCGCAGUUUCCUGGACCACGAUCGGCCCUACGUGGCCCCAGUAAGGCGGAUCGCAAGAGGCAGUGCCCGUGCCCUCUUCGUGCGCCGAUGCUUUGGAGAGAGUGCAUAUCUGGAUGGCAUGGGCCAAGAGCUUGCGCUGGAGGACGUGUACCAAUCGCUGGUGGAGCAUUUGCGCCGCUGGUCCGUUGCCCUGCACGACACGACGCAUGGGCUGUGCCUGCUGGAGGCGAUGGUGCUGGAUGUGGAAAACACGCAGAAGUAUUUCAAUGACAAUGUUGCCUUCCACUUCGACGUUGAGGCUGCCUUAUCGCGGCAGUACUUGGUGCCGCCCAAGGCUUUCUGCUUGGCCCUAGCGGAAGCAGGACUCCUCAGCUACAGUGGUACCGGGAAGCUGAAAACAUACCCGGAGACGGGGGAGUACUGCCGCAUCAUGAACCAGCAUGUCAAGAGGUCUCCCUUUCGCCUCCGCCUGGCGGAGUCCGAGGAUCUGGAGGCCUUGGAGGCGCUGCAAGAGCGCGCGCAGGUGGGGAAGGCCUUGGAGGCCUCUCGCCAGAUCUUGGCCCAACGCCUGCGCCUGGCACCUGUUGGCACCUUCGUGGCGGAAGCGGACGCUCCAGGGCUGCUGGGAGCCAUUUACACUACACAGCUAGUGGACAUGGAGCGCAAUCUCUCAGCGGAACCGUCGCUGCCUGCGGAGGGAGAAGUGAUGCAGAUCAUCGCUCUGCACGCUGACCCUGAGGCACCUGGCGUGGGUGCUCUGCUCCGCGACUUCGUCUUGCAGCUACAGAGGGUGGAACACCCUGGGGUGGGCUGUAUUGGCCUUAGCCGUUGUAGUGCCUGGAGCCCUGCAGCCGGCAGCAUGGAGGACUAUGUGAGGAAGCAUCAGGCCGGCGAGCUGUCUGACAAGGUCUUAGCUUUUCACAGCGGCGGCGGAGUCCAGAUCUGCGGCGUGGUGUCGGCCGCGCGGCCACAAGACGUGGAGAACCAAGGUGCCGCCGUGCUGAUUCACUACGAAUCUCCGGGGAUGUCGGAAACGGAGCCGUCAAAGCAGGGCACGGAGUCAAUGGCCACGCUGGAGAGCGAUCUUCGUGCGGAGUUGGAGCAGAUGGACCAGGAUCCCGGCCAUGGCGACGCUGACGCCGACGCCGAUGUUUUGCAGCUGGACUCCUUGGAGCUGGCGCAACUGCAACGUCGUUUGGAGAAACGCUUUGCGGUGCGUCUCUCCCUGGCGGAUUUGGCCCGAGAGGGCGGGCCUACUGUGAAGCGCUUGGCAGAAGUGAUAAGGUCUGCAUCUACUGCUCCGAGACGAGCUGCGGAUUUCUCCAGCAUUCGAAGCUUCCUGGAAGAGACCUUGCCGGAGGAUUGCCAGGACGGCGUGUUGCAGAUGGGAUUGGACUCCUUAGACUUGGCGCGGCUGCAGGCGGCCGUGCGACGGCACUAUUCCGUUGACCUGACCUUAGAGGACCAGAGAAGCGCGGCAGAGCGCCGCAGGGCCAUGGCAAAGGUGGCCAACCUUCAAGCCAUGGAGAAACCCAUGGAGCUCCAUCGCUUCAUGGGAUCCUGGUACGUCUUGGCGCACAUCCCAGUGAAGUUGGUGAAGGAGCACCUCGCGCACAACGCGGUGGAGACAUAUUCCUGGGAUGAAGCAAAGCAGCGCAUUGAUGUGCAUUACAGGUUCAACGAGGAUGCUCACGAUGGACCUUUGAACGACAGCUAUCAGCGUGGAUGGGUGCAGAACAAGGACACCAGCGCAGAGUGGCGAGUGUCUCCAAAGUUGCCUCUCUUCGGCUAUGCUUUGAGCGGAGUCCUGCGGUUGCCCUACAUCAUCGUGGAUCGCUCGGAGGAUUAUAGCACGGCGAUCAUCGGCUAUCCCAACCGCGCAUAUCUGUGGGUCCUGAGUCGCAGACCUGAAGUCUCCAGCAAGGAAUACGAGAAGUUGAUCGACAAGUGCAAAAGCUUCGGGUACGAUGAGUCGAUGCUGGGAAGAUUCGCCGUGUUCCACAAAUGCCCGGAAAGACCUUUGAGAGCCCCAACUGACUGCGGCGCCGUGCGGCGCUGCUUGAAGGUAGAAACUGCAGAUGGCAGUUUUCAAAGGCUGAGCGGCGGUGAAGACAUGUUGCGAGCUCGAGAUAUUCACUACAACAAGUGGCGGAAGAUGGACCGCCCCGAGCUUCUUCGUCGUGGCUACUACAACGAGGUGAAUGAGGAUGCCUGGCCGGGACCCUUUGAGGAUGUCUUCGUUUACAUCAUCUGUCAGGAAGCAGCAGAACUUCCCAAGAUCAGGAAUUACAUCGAAAAGGCCGACGCCGUAGCCACGAGGCAGGGCCGCGUGCUGCGACAUGUGCUCUUCAAUUUGAACCUCAACAAGUUGAGGUCAGAUAUCGAGUUCCAGCGGCGUUUGUUGCCCUUCCAACCUGGGCAGGCCACGUCCAAGGUCCAUUUCGACUUCUUCACCACCUUUCGCAAUGCCUACCUGAUUCGCUUUGGAAAGUACACUCAGACCGUGCUGCGAGAUCCCUUCAACAUCAACUACGUGGGCGCGAUGUACCACGCCUAUCCCAGUCCGUGGCAAGUCUUCAUGCAGGACCCGGAUGGUGCUUACGUCCCCAUCUGGGCCACUGACCUCCGCCCUUCGGUGCAGUGUGUGAAGCGCAAGUUGCAGAGGGCCAACUCCCUCUGGCGCGAUGUGGGACUGCCGGAGGAUGACAGCAAGGAUGACGUCUACAAAGUUGCAGACAUCAAGGCAGCUGGUACCAUCCAGAAGACUGUCCUUCAGUUCAUCAAGGAGGGCGCCGGCGAUGCCUUGUGGUGGGAGGAAGGCUUUGAUGAGGAGGUGAGCCGCAAGUGGCGCUUGGCCUAG